AUGAAGUUUAGUGCUCUGUGUCUCGAUGACAUCCUGGAAGAUUCGCCUCAGACUAGGUUCAUGGUGAAAAUGUUCGAAGACGAUGCUGAAAAGGUGCAUACGUUCGCUGCAUCCAUGCAGAGUUCUUUGGAACGUCUGGUUUCAGCCCAGAGCGAAAGCGUGUUAUCUCUGCAGCAGCUGUCGUCCCUGUUCCAGAAUUACCAACAGCUGAACUUCCAGCUGGAACGACAGGAGAAUGAUUACGCGGUCGCAAUGGACAAAUUUGGGGCGACCGUUUCUGAAGUGCUGUUUAAAAUUACUGCUCUGAAGUGGAAGUUAUGUAACGUAUUUUGCUUUAAGUUGGCAUCGUGGCUGGAACUGAUGCUGCAGCAGCUGCAAAACUGUGUUCUGCACCCCGUUCGAAAACUUGUCAACGAGUUUAGUUUGAUAGAGCAACAGAAAUCGCUGUACCACGAAUUGGCUAACGACAUGGAUGGGCUGCAAAUUCGUUUAAGCAGGGUGAAUCGUAAGGACUCACCAAAGAAGAUAGAAGAUCUCAGCACUGAAUACGGACUGACGAAGAAGCGAUUCCAUAAGCUUGUCCCGGUGUCGAUCGAAAACCGUUUCAUCGCUGUUGUUAAAAUCAUGACCAUUCUCCAGUACAUGAGCAACAAAAUCAGAAUGAUCAGCGUUACGGUAUCUGAUUGCUCUUCUGUGCUCUCUUAA